AUGACGUACGAGUGCGGUGUCAAACCAAGGUUUCAGUGUCCGGUUUGUAAGCGGAAGUUUACGCACAAGUUUAACCUUCACGCUCAUCUGAUAUGCCAUCAGAAUCAGAAAGGCUUCAUGGAAAUGGGUGGUUUAAGGGAUACGUCUCCAAGCUAUCAGAAUCAGAAUCAGAAAGGCUUCAUGGAAAUGGGUGGUUUAAGGGAGACACCUCCAAGCUAUCAGAAUCAGAAUCAGAAAGGCUUCAUGGAAAUGGGUGGUUUAAGGGAUACGUCUCCAAGCUAUCAGAAUCAGAAUCAGAAAGGCUUCAUGGAAAUGGGUGGUUUAAGGGAUACGUCUCCAAGCUAUCAGAAUCAGAAUCAGAAAGGCUUCAUGGAAAUGGGUGGUUUAAGGGAGACACCUCCAAGCUAUCAGAAUCAGAAUCAGAAAGGCUUCAUGGAAAUGGGUGGUUUAAGGGAUAAGCCUCCAAGCUAUCAGAAUCAGAAUCAGAAAGGCUUCAUGGAAAUGGGUGGUUUAAGGGAUACGUCUCCAAGCUAUCAGAAUCAGAAUCAGAAAGGCUUCAUGGAAAUGGGUGGUUUAAGGGAUAAGCCUCCAAGCUAUCAGAAUCAGAAAGGCUUCAUGGAAAUGGGUGGUUUAAGGGAUAAGCCUCCAAGCUAUCAGAAUCAGAAAGGCUUCAUGGAAAUGGGUGGUUUAAGGGAUACGGCUCCAUGCAGUCAGAAUCAGAAAGGCUUCAUUAAAAUGGGUGGUUUAAGGGAGACGCCUUCGUCAUUGACUAUCUCUGAAACUCCGCCAAGAGAGGCUUCAUCUUCAUAG